UGCUGAAACAGAAAUUUUUUGUGUGCCGUGUUCUUCGUUUGUUGUCGUUUGUUUUGUUCCCGCUCUAUCGCUAUCUUCGCCCCAAGUUCGCUCUGGUAGUAUGGCCAUAGCCACAGCCAAAGCCACUACCACUCACGUACUCGUACUCGUAUUCGUAUUCGCAUUCAGCUUUUGAUGGUAAUUUGCCAGGCUGAAAAGCAGGGGAAGCCUCAGUGAGAGUGCUUUUACAUCCAGUAAAAGCCAGUGCUAAAGCCAGUGUCGUCGCCGGAGCUUAUAACGAGCGUAGUUCUUGCGCAGAGUUUAUUGCCGACAGUUGGCGCGAUCUUGUUUGCCGUCGCUUCGCUAUCUCGUCCAAAUCGUCAUGUCGUAUCGCCACCGAGCCCCCAAAGGGUGUUUAGUUCCAGCGACGGCAGAAACGGCGUGUGCUCUUCCCAAAUACUCGGCGGCACUCAGGCAACUAAUUUAGGAUAUUAUUAAGGGAAAUACCUGCAAGAAAGUAAAAUAGUAUUACGCGCUUUAAAGGAGAGUGUUAGAAGCCCAUUACAAGCCAGCCCCCACACAAAUAUGUAAAACUGUGAUGUGUUAAGCAAAAGCAAACAUUGUGUAAUAAUGCCCAGGCCCUCGCGAGAAUCCUACGGCGAACAGAAGCCCCCCUAUUCGUACAUUUCGCUGACGGCCAUGGCCAUCUGGAGUUCGCCGGAGAAAAUGCUGCCGCUCAGCGAUAUAUACAAGUUUAUCACGGACCGAUUUCCGUACUACCGCAAGAACACCCAGCGGUGGCAGAAUUCGCUGAGGCACAACCUCAGCUUCAACGACUGCUUCAUAAAGGUGCCCCGACGGCCGGACAGACCCGGAAAAGGAGCCUACUGGGCCCUGCAUCCGCAGGCCUUCGAUAUGUUCGAGAACGGCAGUCUGCUCCGGCGGAGAAAGCGCUUCAAGCUGCACAAGAACGACAAGGAUCUGCUGAACGAGGAGCUCACGGCCCUAGCGAACCUCAAUAGGUUCUUCUUCACCACCCGUAAUGGCGGCAGUGCAUCGCACAUGUCGCCACUGGACAUGAACAACCCGUCGAUGAGGCUGGAUCCUCUGCCCCGACCCACGAACCAUAUGCCCAACUCCCAGGGUGUGCCUCUGCCGCACGUAUUGCCCGGCUCCAUGUCCAGUGUGGACCACACGAACCUCUCGGACAUGGGUCUCUCCAGUCUGCCCGCGCUUACCAGUUCCGAAAUCGAGGGUCCGUUGAGCCUGCGACCCAAGCGAUCCUUCACGAUAGAGAGCCUCAUUACGCCCGACAAGCCGGAGCAUCCUUCGGAGGACGAGGACGACGACGAUGACCGCGUGGACAUCGAUGUGGUGGAGUGCAGCGGGAUCAGCCGGUAUCCCACAACGCCCGCCUCCGAGGAGUAUUUGCCCGCCAGUCGAUCGAGCCGCGCCGAGGAUCCCCUGCCGCCGAUGCACACGAUAAACGCCGGGGCCCACGUGCCCUUCCUGCACUACGCCACGGGUGCCAAUGUGGCCGGGCUGCAGGCCUCGGGCAUCCCCAGCAGCCCCACCACCUACGAACUGGCCAUUUCGCAUCCGCUCUUCAUGAUGGCGGCGCCCAUUGCCAAUAUGCACAACAUCUACUACAAUAAUGUAACCCUCGUCGCCCCGGCGCAGCAAUAUCGGACACCCGAGGUCCAGAAUAGAAUAGACAACGAUAUGCGUACGAUAUAGAUAAGGCGAUGCAGAACACAGAACACAAAACAGAAACCUAUGUAUAGCAUUAUUUAUGAACGAUAUAUGUAUAUCCAUCCAAACGUAGUUCCUUUUGUAUUAAGGUUAAUUGUAAUAGGACCAAAACAUAUGGUAUACAUUCUUAGGCGUAGAAGGCAUGUAAAUAAAAGCUUGUUAUACAAAUUUUAAUAGCUUGUAUUGCAUAUCCGUACUAGUAAAUUAUUUAUUUUAUUUGUAUUAAACCUA